UUCCUUACGAUAUAUUUCCUUGAGCUAAAGUUUUAUGCCGCAGCUUUCCUUCUCUUUCGUUAUAUUAGGCUGUGAGUGAAGAUGGCGGCCGGCUCGGAGCGCAGUCCGCCUCCUUUUCCCGACUCAGAGGAGCAGGACCAGGAGCCUGAGUUAGGCGAGGACGAUGACAGCGAUGAAGGAGCGGACAUUUUCACAGGCAGUGAGCUUUUUCUUAAACCGGCAGAUUCUCUUAUUCACGCCAGUGAGCCUCCUAAAGACGUCUUCGGUACAGCUGGAGAAGAUCCCUUGAGCAACCUGAGCGGGACGAACACCAAGUCAGCGAGUGACUCUAAAGGAGCCGCCAGCGUGGAGGUCGACCUGUUUGCUGAUCCUUUAAGCGAGUCUGGAGCUGAUAAAAACAGUGCGGCUUUACCGAAAAUCAGCGAGGCGCCUACAAAGAGUGAUGGCGUCAGCAAGAGCUCAGCGGCACAGCCUCAAAACGAGGUCAAAAAGCCUGAGAACAUUUUCGAAGAGCCACCAAAAGACGGUACUACUAAACUUGCGGCUGGUAAGAAAGCACCCAGCACUGACCUGUUUGGAGAUGAUGAUGGUGACGACCUGUUUGAGGAGCCUUUGCAAGCUGCAGUGAAGAAACCUCAGGUAAAGGAAACCAGUAAAGGGCAGACUGAUCAGUCUAAGAAUGCCACUACUGACCUUUUUGCUGAGGAGGUCAUCCGAGUCCCUGCUGCUGCUGCUGCUGCUAAACCUAGCAUGGACACCAGUUCCAAAACCAAUGGCUUGCAUUCGGACGAGGACGAUCUGUUUUCAGAGGCCACUGUUGAGCUGUCUCUGGACAGUCCUCGAAAUGACCGCAGGAAGAGAGAAACACCAAAGGCCUCGGCACCAGCUUCCUCUCAGUUGGCUUCAGCGAGUGCCCCCAAACCUCAGCCUAAAACACUAGAGGAGCUGGAGGAGGAAGAGGAAAAGGAGGACAAAUUUGAUUUGAACAUUUCAGUUACAAACCCUGAGAAAGUCGGUGAUGGUAUGAAUGCCUACAUGGCCUACAGAGUCUCCACACAAACGACAUUACCCAUGUUCCGCAGUAAGCAGUUCACCGUGCGCAGGCGCUUCAGCGACUUUUUGGGUCUCUACGAAAAACUGUCAGAAAAACAUUCGCAGAAUGGACACAUUGUGCCUCCGCCGCCAGAGAAGAGCAUUCUGGGAAUGACAAAAGUAAAGGUGGGAAAGGAAGAUCCAUCAUCAGCUGAGUUUGUUGAAAGGAGAAGAGCUGCUCUGGAAAGGUACCUCCAGAGACUUGUGUCUCAUCCAUCACUGCUGCAAGACCCAGAUCUGAGAGAGUUUUUAGAGAAGGAUGAGUUACCCAGGGCAGUUAGUACCCAGGCACUGAGUGGAGCUGGAUUCCUGAAGAUGAUCAACAAGGCCACUGAUGCAGUCAGCAAGAUGACCAUCAAAAUGAAUGAGUCAGACAUUUGGUUUGAAGAGAAGCUGCAGGAGGUGGAGAGUGAGGACCAACAGCUGAGGAAGUUACACAUCAUGGUUGAGUCACUGGUUAACCACAGGAAAGAGUUGUCUGUAAACACAGCUGUGUUUGCGAAAAGUGUGGCAAUGUUGGGUAGUUCGGAAGAUAACACCGCGCUCUCCCGAGCUCUGUCCCAGCUGGCCGAAGUGGAGGAUCGCAUCGAGCAACUUCAUCAGGACCAGGCUUCUAGUGACUUCUUCGUCUUCGCUGAGCAUCUUGCAGACUACAUCCGCUUGCUUGGAGCAGUCAGGGCUUGCUUCGACCAGCGGAUGAAGGCAUGGCAGCGCUGGCAGGAGGCUCAGAACAUGCUGCAGAAGAAACGAGAGACUGAGGCCAAGCUGCUGUGGGCCAACAAACCAGACAAACUUCAGCAAGCUAAGGAUGAGAUCUCAGAGUGGGAGUCUAAGGUCAGUCAGUAUGAAAGAGACUUUGAGAGAGUAUCUGCCACUGUACGAAAGGAAGUCAUCAGGUUUGAGAAAGAGAAGGCUCGGGAUUUCAAGAAACAAAUUGUGCGAUAUUUGGAGUCGCUGGCGAAUUCACAGCAACAGAUGAUCAAGUACUGGGAGGCCUUCUUACCAGAGGCAAAAGCAAUUGCUUGAUGACGGCGUACACAAACACACACGCAUACACAGGCCUGCUUAAGACGGAGUCUGCCUUUUCUAUACACUUUACCUCUUGCCUAUAAACCAAGAGAUGUAAUGCAAAGGGAAAGAGAAACAAUCUUUUUUUUUUAUUAAUCACCAGGAGCUUAUACUAUUUGAUUGAAUUUUUCUGUUACCCCCCUGUCACCCCCCACCCCACCACCAAUAUACCCUUCGUGUUUACUUUUGGACAGAACUAGUUUUAGGGAGUGUGUACGCACGGUGAUGGGACAGAAACAGUCUGACGUGUUAAUUUUUUGUAAAGGUAUUGUGUUUAGACAUAGUAGGUGCCAUUAAGUGUGAAUAGUGUUCACACCAUCCAGGGUAAGAUGAGUGUGUGUUGGACUCUGAGAUUUAGCACAUCAGCAGUGCUAAUGGUUUACAGUAGUGGGCCCUCUCUCUCCAAAUAUAAAAGAUACCACUUUUUUCACCCUUUCCCAAGUUCAGGCUGUCUCCUGUCCUCCUUCUCCAUUCCAUGCUGUCUUGUGCUUGGUGUAACCGAUCCUAAUCCUACACGUUAACUGAUGAAUAAGACGAGUUUGUUCAGAGUUUAGAAACUGGGAUGUUGUGAGCUUCUGCUCUAAGUUUAAUGUUUUGAUUGAAAUAAGUUCACUUCCUCAUGAAGGCACAUGAUAUGGGUGUUAGAAUUGUUUUAUUGUGUAAAAGUGAAAAACAACAAAUCAGUUCCAUGAAAUGUUGGGUAUUGGGUGAUUAAUUUCUUCAGUUGUCAAAUGGAGGAGGAGGUGUGUACACUUAGAGAUCAACCCUAACAAACUGCAUUGGAGUCUAAGAAGAACUGAGCUGUCUUUAUUUUGUCAUGUCAGUUGACAUUCACCGUAUGAUGGCUUUUACCUGUUCAUACAGGUGACAUUCCGCACUUUGACCACACUUUGAGUGUCGAGGGAUCGUAUGUUUGUCUGCUAUAAAUUGUGUACUUAAUACAGACUGGUUAAGCACUUAUGCUGCCGAACAAUGUUACUCUAAAAACGUUUGCCUGUGAGUCGUUCUUAAGCAUGGUUUCCUAGAAUGGUGUCUGUUUUGUGCUACACAUUGUAUGUCAGAGCCACUCUUAUCCAUGAAAUUAAUGAAACCACAUUUAAGGCAGUGUUACUAUACAAAUUAUUUUGUUCAUUAAUUGUUCACAUAUAGCCCUUAACAUUUUUCAUUUGUAUACUUUAAUCCAUUAUGCACUUAUCACAAUAAUGUUUUUUUUUUUAAUGCCAUUUAAAUAUUUCUUCCCUCAAACGCGAUAAUCAUGGUAUGUGGCAUGUCAGAACGAUCAUCCUUAUGGUGAUUGACAUUUUUUCCCAACACGCUACUGCACUAACAGAGGACAUUGUAUUUGAUAUGAAUUUAUCUGCAUAUCAUUCCACCCUUUAAUAAAUAAGAGUUGGAAUUUUUCCAUCUACCAGAUGUUGGACAUGCAAGUGGGACGCUUUAAGGGAGAAGUCGAGGGAGUGUCGUGCUUGCUUAUCUGACAUGUUAAAUCUUUUGAACUGCCAUAAAUGUUUGUAAAGGUUUAUUUGUUAGUCUGUAUUUUUUUAAUCUUUCAACCAAGACAGUAGAUAUUGCUUAUGCACACCUUCUGUUGAAAAACACAAUAAAGAUAGUUUUAAAGAAUA